AUGGCAGCUCAAGCUCAUCCAGAGGCCAGCAAGCCAAAGACAGAAGUCCAACCAUGCCGGUAUAAAACAGGGAAGACGCUGGGAGCUGGGUCUUACUCUGUCGUGAAGGAGUGUGUGCACAUCGAUACGGGCCGGUAUUAUGCUGCGAAAGUUAUCAACAAGCGGUUGAUGACCGGGCGGGAGCAUAUGGUUCGAAAUGAGAUUGCCGUACUUAAGAGGGUGUCCAUGGGUCACCAGAAUAUCCUUACCCUGGUGGACUAUUUUGAGACCAUGAACAACUUGUACCUUGUCACCGAUCUUGCCUUGGGCGGUGAAUUGUUCGAUCGAAUUUGCCGCAAAGGAAGCUACUACGAGUCUGAUGCCGCUGACCUUAUUCGAGCUACAUUGUCUGCUGUUGCAUACCUCCACGAUCAUGGAAUCGUCCAUCGGGACUUGAAGCCAGAGAAUCUCCUGUUUCGCACUCCAGAAGAUAAUGCUGAUCUUCUGAUUGCCGAUUUUGGGCUCUCUAGGAUAAUGGACGAGGAGCAGUUCCACGUCUUGACAACCACAUGUGGCACCCCAGGUUAUAUGGCACCGGAGAUUUUUAAGAAGAGUGGACAUGGAAAGCCUGUUGAUAUCUGGGCUAUCGGCGUGAUCACUUACUUCCUUCUCUGUGGUUAUAUGCCAUUUGAUCGCGACUCCAACCUCGAAGAGAUGCAGGCCAUCCUCGUAGCAGAUUACUCCUUCACCCCCGAGGACUACUGGCGCAAUGUAUCCCCCAUCGCCUGCGAGUUCAUUAAACGAUGUCUUACCACUGACCCUCUUACCCGUAUAACCUCCCAUGAGGCCCUACAGCACCCCUGGAUUAACCCUCCAGCAGACCCAAUGAACCCAGAAUCCACCGCAAAAUCUGGUACAGGUGAAGAUCUCCUGCCUGUUGUCAAGAAGAACUUCAACGCUCGCCGAACACUGCACAAAGCCAUUGAUACUGUGCGUGCUAUCAACAAGCUGAGAGAAGGAGGUGGGUUAAUGAUGGACGGUGCUAUGAGCAUCGACCCCAGGCCAGAAAGGGUCAAUGGAGAUCAAGUUAUUUCAGAAGGUGUAGAUCACGAUGGCCACAUGGAAAUUGAUAGCCGGGGAAAUGCUAGGGGCCAGACCGAAGAGCAAAUCAAGGAACAGGAGAAGAGGGUUAAAAACCUGGUUACAGGGCUGUGGAACCAGUCUGCCGCUGGACGGCGGUGA